CUAGGGCCAAGUGUCGAAUCUUGGAUGAAGCCAGCGGGGUGAACCCCUCAGCACUAACGACCAAUGGCCCACAAAAGUUCAAGAUUUCUUGCGUCUGAGCCGUUAGUAUGGAAAAUAAUUGGAAACCUUCGUCUCUGGACUAGGUUAAGAGACCCAUUCAGGAAAGAUCGCUGCAUAUCUGGGCCACGCCACCACCAGUCUAGGCACCGAUAGCAACAUGCAGGGGGUCAGUUCGCCGGAUCGUCUGGGCCGCGCACUGUCACUCGGGUCCUGAGUAAUUAUGUCCAUCCUGCAACACUACGGGGCACUUAUACCGAUUUCUUGGCGUUCUUUGGCUUUAGAUCGGCAACAGAAAACGAUAUCGCUUGAAGUACAGGUCAUAUCCCCUUUCAUACUAAUACAUUAGAGGUCACCAUGCUCAGAUCCUGGCGUACUUUGGUUGAUGAGCAGUAGCAGCAAGAUGGUGUCGCUCAAUCUACAGGAAAUUUUUUUUUUUCCCUCACUCACCUCAAUGACCGUUCACUUUUCUUUGUGAAUCUACUGUGGCCAUCUUCGACAUGAGCGCAUACGGAGGUUUAGGGCCCAUGACCAAUGCGGUCCUUUGGGUAGAGGUCGUGAUCUUUGCUGUCUUCGUAGGGCUAAGGCUCUAUACGCGAAAACACAUUCUGAAUUCGAUCGGCCUUGAUGAUUAUAUGGUCGUACUUGCAUUGAUACUUCACAUCCUUUACACCAUUUUUGUCAGCAUAGGAACCCACUACGGCGUCGGGCAACUGUUUGCGGAUGUCGGCGAUCCAGUUACCUAUUCCAAAGCCACCAUGUAUGAAGUGUUCAGCCAGGUGGCUGGUAUCAUGGUCAUUGGUGUUGGCAAAUGGGCUGUCGGCACUUUCCUCCUACGAAUUGUGCGAAAUAAAAUUCAGAUUUGGUUUAUCUGGGGUUGUCUUGCGAUCACCACUAUUAUCACACUGUUCGCCAGCAUUACCGUUGUGAUUCAGUGUUUUCCAGUCCAAAAGACUUGGAACCCAACUCUGGAAGGAACAUGUUGGCUCGACUUUUCCAAGGUGGGCUACACGGUUGGAUCGUGGUUCGUCGCUGCCGAUUUCUCCUUUGCGAUCCUUCCAUGGUUCAUUGUCUGGGAUCUUAACAUGAAGCAAAAGGAGAAGAUCACCGUUGCCUGCGGUCUCAGUCUUGGAAUCUUCGCUGGAGUAUGUGGUAUCGUGCGCACUGUAGCUCUGGCAGGCCUGAAUGCAUCUGAAUACAUAUAUGAUACUGUACCAAUGCUCAUCUGGUCCGCAACCGAAAGUUGCGUCACGAUCAUGUGCUCGACGAUUCCCGUCCUCCGUCCUCUCUACGUUCGCAUUAGGUACGGCACCAAGGACGAAAGCAAUUCUGGGAACAGUUCCUACAAACUGCCAUUGUACGGCAGCGGUCGCAAGUACGGCAGACUUUCGAAAUCCGGUCUUGACCCUUCCACCCUUGAAACGAUCGGCGGUUCUCGCAGGACACCUGCUGGACACUAUAACACCAGCAACGUUAGCAAUGAGCAUAUCCUGGGGGACACUGCAGGCAUCGCAAGAACAGACGAGGUUUCCGUCAGCUAUGAGCAAGUUGAGAAAAAAGUCUAGGAAGCGGCUCACGCUGUCGAGUACGCCGAUCGAUGUCUACUUGUCAAUUUGGGCCGGAAGGAGAGCGAUCUGAACCAGGAUGUCCGAGGGUCGAGUAUGGGUGAUUGGUGGAGGGGACUACUAACUAG